CUGGGCAUCUCCCCGGAGCAGCUGGAGCGCAGGCUGGCCGAAGCCGAGGCGCUGCUGGCGGCGCGCGUCUCCCCGCCGGUCCAGGCCCGCUGGCGCUGGGCGGUGAAGCUGGACGAGCCGCCGGACCUGGAGCGCUUCUGCGCGCAGCUCAGCCAAGCCCGCCGAGGCCGGGAGGCGCUGCUGGCCCGCGACGCGGCGCUGUCGGAGGCCGAGCAGGAGCGGCUGCAGGGGCUGCUGCGGCUGGAGAUGGCGCUCCUGCGCGGCAUCCGAGCGCUGGGCGCCGGCCCGGCCGCCCCACCGGGACGGAGGCGCGGGAGGAAGCCCGGCGGGGCGGCGCUGCGGGCGGCCCUGCUGGGGCUGGCGGCAGAGCUGGAGGGAGCGGAGGCAGCAGACCUGUCCGGAAGUGCUGCGCCUGCUCUGGAGGCGCUGCUGGAGCGGCGGCCGCGCGAGGCGCUCCGGGCGCUGGAGCCGCGGGAGGAAGACCGCGCCCGGCCGGGGCGGCAGCGCCUGCCGGCCCUGCUCCAGGCCCUGCGGGAGGAAGGCUGGGUCGAGCGAGCCGACGAGCUGCCCCUGGAGGAGCUGCGCCCGCUGCUGGAGAAGGCGCUGCGCCUGGCGCGGAGGAGAGCGCCCAGCUGCCCGGCUGCGGAGCUGGAGAGCGCUGUGCGAACAAGUCCGUUGCAGAUGCUGGUGAAGGAGGAAGAGGAUGAUGAUGAUGAUGAAGAUGAGGUUCCAAAUGGGACCGUGCCAAAAGUCUCCCUGGAGGAGGCGGGACUGGGGCACAGGUCCCCCCCAGAGGUCCCUGCAGAGAGGACCCCGGAAAACCCCCACCAGGAGCAUCUUGUGCCAGGAAAGAUGGUGCCCGCUGAAUUAAGCUCUCACCUUCCGAAGACCAAGGCCUGUGGACUACAGGUGGAGAUGGACGCUCCCUGUUUGAAGGACGUCCCAGGGAGGGAGAACUCCGCACGAGGCCCCCACCAGGAGCACCUUGCGCCAGGAAAGAUGGUGGCCGUGGACUUCAGGUCUCCCUUGGCGAAGGAGGCAUCUGGGCUGCAAGCGGAGAUGGACACUCCCCGUCUGAAGGACAUCCCAGGGAGGGAGAACUCCACAAGAGGCCCCCACCAGGAGCACCUUGCGCCAGGAAAGAUGGUGGCCAUGGACUUCAAGUCUCCCUUGGCGAAGGAGGCAUCUGGGCUGCAAGCGGAGAUGGACGCUCCCCGUCUGAAGGACAUCCCAGGGAGGGAGAACUCCACAAGAGGUCCCCACCAGGAGCACCUUGCGCCAGGAAAGAUGGUGCCAGCUGACUUAAGCUCUCACCUUCUGAAGGAGGCAUGUGAACUACAGGUGGAGAUGGACGCUCCCUCUUUGAAGGAUGCUCCAUGGAGGAAAGUGGAAGGCCUUCAGAACGUUCUCUGUGAAACAACCAGGGGGAAAAUGGGUGCGCUGCCAUCCGGCUUGUGGGACCAGGGCCCUCGGAAGAUGUGCAGCCAUCUCCACCAGCUUUGCUGCCAGUGGCUGCAACCCGAAAAGAACACCAAGGGUCAGAUGCUGGACCUGGUGAUCCUGGAGCAAUUCCUGGCUAUCCUGCCCUCAGAGAUGGAGAGCUGGGUCCGGGAGUGCGGAGCAGAGACCAGUUCCCAGGCGGUGGCCCUGGCUGAAGCUUUCCUCCUGAGCCAGAUGGAGGAAAAGAAGGAGAAGCCAGAAGUUCAGAUCCUUCAUUUCCAGAGGCCAGAGUUGAAGUCCAUCUCUGUGAACCCCGAGGAAAGGAGGGAUCGUCCAGAUCCUUCCCAAGUGUUGCCUUUCAGGAGGAUCUUCCAUGAAGAUCAAAGUCAAGACACCUCCUGCGAGGAUGGAAAGUCGGUAUUCAUAGGUUCUUCUCCUUUUUCUGAUGGAGUUGAAAAAACAGUUGAACUCCCAACUCAGGUUCUUAUCUCUUUAGAAGAGGUGUCUGUGUGUUUCUCUGAGGAGGAAUGGUCUCAGCUAGAUCCUGUUCAGAAAGACCUGCACAGAGAAGUCAUGCUGGAGAACUCCACAAAUGUGGCCUUUUUGGGUAAUAAUGUUCAAGAGAACAAGGAAGCCUUCCAAAUGUUCAGGGAUGAAGAGAGAAGAGAGGAGUUUUCAUACCCAAUGGAAACAAUGGAAAACGAAAGAAAUCUGUCAAAAGACGGGAGUAAGAGGAACUCAACUUUCCCAUCCAUUGAAAUUCAAGAUUUUCUUCCCAAAGGAGAUCAGAAAGAAAAACUAAAAGUGGAAAAUGGGGAAGCAUUUGAAGAGAGCUUAGAUUUAUAUGAACAGUACACAAUUCACAUUAAAGAAGAGGAUCUAUGCCAAGAGGUUGAAAAAAGCUACAGUUGGACGUCUGGCCUUACUUUAUGCGGAGAAGGCAAAAUGAGAAAUAAAGCAUAUCAAAAUGCAGAGAACGGAAAGCAUUUCGGCGGGAGCACGUCUCUUGUUCCCAGUGAAAGGACUGACUCGGGGGGAAAACCGUACAAAUGCAUGGAAUGUGGAAAGAGUUUCAGCCAGCGUGGUAAUCUCAAUUCCCACAAAAAAAUCCACACCGAGGAGAAACCUUAUCAGUGUGACGAGUGUGGAAAGAGCUUCACUCAGAAGGUCAAUCUUAACUCCCAUAGAAUGAUUCACACGGGGGAGAAACCAUAUAAGUGUGAGGAGUGCGGAAAGAGCUUUACCCAAAAUAUUCAGUUGACUUCGCACCAGAGAAUCCAUACAGGGGAAAAGCCAUAUACAUGCAUGGAGUGUGGGAAAAGCUUCCGGUGGAGCACUCAGCUGACUUCCCAUCAAAGAAUCCACACAGGAGAGAGACCAUAUAAAUGCAUGGAAUGUGGGAAGACCUUCAGUGAGAGCAGUUCCCUCACUUUCCACAAGAGGAUCCACACGGGGGAAAAACCGUACGACUGCAAGGAAUGUGGGAAGAGCUUCAGCAUGAGCAGUUCGCUUACCUACCACAAAAGGAUCCACACAGGGGAAAAGCCAUAUAAGUGUACGGAAUGUGGGAAAUGCUUUACGCAGAACAUCCAACUUACUUCUCACAAAAUGAUCCAUACCGGGGAGAAGCCAUACCAAUGCACCGAGUGUGGCAAAAGCUUCAAUACAACCAGCAACCUCGCCUGUCACAAAAGAAUCCACACGGGGGAGAAACCGUACAAAUGUACGGCGUGCGGGAAGAGUUUCACUCAAAAUAUUCAACUCACAUCCCACGUAAGGAUUCACACGGGGGAGAAGCCGUAUGACUGUAAAGAGUGCGGAAAGAGCUUUACUCAAAAGAUUCAACUUACCUCUCAUAAAAGGAUCCACACGGGGGAGAAACCAUACAAGUGCAGGAAAUGUGGAAAGAGCUUCCGUAAUAACGGCUCCCUCACUCUUCAUGAAAGGAUCCACACUGGAGAGAAACCGUAUACAUGCAUGGAGUGUGGGAAAAGCUUCAGCCGGGGCAGUCAUUUUGCUUCCCAUAAAACAAUCCACACAGGAGAGAAGCCGCAUAAAUGCCUCGAGUGUGGAAAAAGUUUCCGUGAAAACACUUCUCUUACUAUUCAUAAAAGGAUCCACACGGGGGAGAAGCCAUAUAAAUGCUUGGAAUGUGGAAAGAGGUUCCGUGAAAAUGGGUCGUUUACCUCCCAUAAAAGAAUCCACACAGGGGAGAGGCCCUAUAAAUGCAUGGAGUGUGGAAAGAGCUUCACGACCAGCAGUAACCUUACAUCCCAUAUGAGGAUCCAUUUAGUAAGAGACAUGCAGGAGAAUGAGAACAAAAAAGAAGUCAAGCUGAUUGACAUCGCAAAUAGUGAAACGUGAAAUGAGAGAAGAGAGAUUUGGAAGUCCUGGGGAAUCAAAAUAGAGAAAAUGGAAAGAAGGGAUAAGUUUUCAAAAAAACAUUGGCAGACAUUCUGAAGAUGUGGCCCAGAGGUUUCUACUGAUCUGAUAAGAUCACAGAAGAACAAGAAGAGAAUUUGCCUUUUGCAGUUAUUUUUGUGCGGAACAAAAAUCAAAGGCUGGAGGCAACCAGAAUGAAGACAGAUUGCAAGGAACACUUUUAGUCAACAAUUUCUUUUUUUAUUUUUUGCCCCAGGAACCCACCCUGGGGAAGAACCAAAUAAAUGUUUGGAGUGUGGAAAUUGCUUCAGGAAGAUUUUAUAGAAUUCAGAUAUCCUAUAUCCUGUACAUGCAUAUGCAAAAGUCCUUUCUUUACAGCAGUAGGGCCGCUUCUGCCUUUCUGUAGUGUGACAAGAGCCAGAACAAAAACGACAUUUUAAAAUAACAUUAAAAUAGUCAAGGACACUUGUUACAUGUCUGUGGAGUUUCUCAGUCAUUCAGGUCAUAGUUGUCCCAAAAGUGCUUUUUCAGGAGGCAACUGGACUUUCUUGUUUUUCUUUAAAA